AUGAUGGACAUGCUAUCAAGAUUGCCUCUCAAGUCUCUUUUCAACUGUAAGUUUGUUUGCGAAACUUGGCUUCUUUUAAUUUCAGAUCCUCAUUUUGCUAAACUCCAUCUUGCAAAAUCAUCCACUACCUUCUUGAUUCAAGCCAACCGUUGGUUCAUAAUUAGAAAAUCAUUAUUAGCUCUAAUAGUUGAAGAAGUCAGCAGUAACACUUGGGAUGUCGAAAAAAUAAGGUUUCUUCCCAACACAAACUUGACUAAUACUGAUUUCCGCCUUAUAAAUUCUUGCAAUGGGUUGAUUUGCUUGUGGGGAAGGUCUAAAGCCAAAUCCCAUGAAAUGGUUCAUGUUUGCAAUCCAAUAUUAGGAGAGUGCAUAACUAUUCCACUAGUUAAGAAACCUAGAAAAUGGGAGCAAAAUUUGGCUUUGGGAUUCAUUUAUGUCAGUAAUCAAUACAAAGUGCUACAGACAUUUUAUCUCGAUGGAGCGUCUACCACUCAAUGUCAGGCUGAAGUAUACACUGUUGGUUCAGGACAAUGGAGAAGCAUAGGAAAUGCUCCUUUCAGCCUUGACCAUCUGGAUGCCAAUGCUUUUUUACAUGAUUCAGUCCAUUGGAUUGAUUAUAGUCCUGAAAACGAUGGGUUUAUUUGCGCUUUUGACUUUGGUUUUGAGCAGUUUACGCGGUUGCUUUUAUCUUCUGAUUCUCAAAUGCAUGAUGGCUGGGGAAGGCACUCAUUUUCAUGUGACGUAGAGAAAUUGAGAUAUGGGUUAUGGAGGAGUAUGGAGUCUUGGUCCAAAAAGUUUGUGGUUGGACACGUAGUAAAUGAUUGCCUCUCUUAUGAAUCCUUAUUUUUCUUAAGCUCUGGGGAAAUCUUGAUGCUGAAACAUGAUCAAUGUAUCAUCCAUUAUGACCCAAAAUGCAAGAGUUUUGAGGAUACAGAAAUAACUCAUAGAAUGGAAAUCAUUAGUGUGACUGCAUACGGCCCGAGCUUUCGCUCUGGGAUAUUGCACAAGGGGAAGAACUGA